GUGACGUCACACCAAAACAAGAAACAGUUUGCUGGUGAUUACUGCCGGGUGGUUCAAACUAAGUGGAUUUUCUCGUCGUAGCCAACUGUUAUCACAAUGUCUCAGGACCCGUGGUUGCAGAAUUAUGACGCCACUUGUCGCUUGGCACAGGAAACGGCAGAAAACAUUCAGGAGCGCAACAGGCAGCAGAGAACAGGGGGGAACCCUGCAAAGAUCAACAUGACACUGCGGGCAUCACAGCAGAAGCUCAAGCAGAAUAUUGCCCAACUUAAAGAGGAUUUGUUGCGAGCAUCAUCAAGCCGGCGCCUAAUGCAGUCCGAAGCUGAUAGGAGGCAGAACCUUAUCGACGACCUGCUAACCAGAGAGAAGCAGCUCAAUGCCACUUUCAAGGGUGACUUCAUGGAGCCUGAAUCUUCCAGGUCGACGUUGAUGGGCGCCGGGGCAGGAACGAGCGGAGGCGUCGCGGCCAACCCCUGGCUGGUCAACGAAUCGGAGGAGACCCAAGGGCUGACCUUCGGACAGAUCAAGCAGCAGCAACAACGAAUCAUCGAAGUCCAGGAUGAGGGCUUGGAUGCGCUAGCAGCCGUCAUCAGCAGACAGAAGAUAAUGGGCCGGGAGAUUGGCAACGAGCUGGACGAACAGAAUGAAAUCAUUGACGACCUCUCGCAUCUUGUGGACAAGACGGACGACAGGAUUCGUAACGAGACCCGAAGGGUGAAGCUUGUGGAGACAAAGUCCGCCUCCUGUGGGAUGCUGGUGGUGAUCGUGCUGCUGCUCAUAGCCAUCGUGGUGAUCGCCUCGUGGCCCGUGUAGAGGACCACGGCGCCAGUGCGAGACCUUUUUGCAUCACGUACAGCCAUAAAGACACGGCCUCUCACCAGAUUCAUAUGCAGACCAAGCCAAUGUGAAAUGAAUAUAUUGCUUGUUCUAUAUAACGGUUGUUAAAUUAUUUGUUUGUAAGCACAUUGAAAACCUGUUUCUCUCGUGGACCGGAUCCUCUCUCUGGGUCUGUGGCCCGACGGACGGCGCAGCCUUUGCACCGUUCUCUCGUUGCUCGUCUGUGUACCCGAUGUGUUGCUGUAGCAGCUGCAAUGUUACCAUUUGUCUUGGGAUUUUAAUAACGUUCAGCCCAACGCGUCGGCUCGGCCGUGGAUCCGACGCGGCUGUUUUUCCUUCCCUUGUAAAUCAACUCUCCUUGUAAUUUCUAAUAAAUGCCAUUUCCAGUUAACGGCC